UCCCCUCCCUCCCCACGCACGCACACAUACACACGCACAGAAACACAGUGGCGACAAGCCCACCCUCCGCUCCCAGCGCUAUGACAGCAAUAUUCGAUCGCAAGGUUGCCAGCGUCCGGACAGAUCAGCAGGGCACUCUGCAGCACAGCAUGCACCACCCGUCGCAGGAAUCGCCGACUCUCCCCGAGUCCACGGCCACCGACACGGGUUACUACAGCUCUGGCGCUUCUCACCACGGCUACUGCUCGCCUUCGUCUUACGGCAAAGUUCUCAACCCGUACCAGUACCAGUACCACGGGGGAAGCGGCGCGGCCGCCGGCUAUCCCGCCAAAGCCUACCACGACUACAGCUACCCCGGCCAUUACCACCAGUACAGCGCGUACAGCCGGGCUCCGCCGGCAUGCAACCAGGCAGAGAAAGAAAUUGUCGAGCCCGAGGUCAGGAUGGUAAAUGGAAAACCGAAAAAGGUCCGCAAACCCCGCACCAUCUACUCCAGUUUCCAGCUCGCUGCUUUGCAGAGGCGCUUCCAAAAAACCCAGUAUCUGGCGCUGCCCGAGAGAGCCGAGCUGGCGGCAUCAAUGGGGCUCACUCAGACCCAGGUUAAAAUAUGGUUCCAGAACCGAAGAUCAAAAAUCAAGAAGAUCAUAAAAAACGGAGAUAUCCCUCCAGAGCACAGCCCCAGUGCAAGUGACCCCAUGGCCUGCAAUUCUCCUCAGUCCCCUGCUGUUUGGGAGAGUCACGGCCCCUCCAGAGUUGUCCACACUCAUCAAACCCCCAGCCACAACCCAUCUCCCGCAGGCUACCUGGAAAGCGCCGGCUCCUGGUACUCAAAUCCCAAUUCCAUUAAUUCUCACCUGCAGUCUACAAGCUCACUACAUCAUCCAUUAGUUUUAGGAUCUGGGACUAUUUAUUAAUCUGAAACGCAUUCCAAAGCGGAUUGAUUAUUACCGGCCAACAGUGGAAGUAUGCAAAGAAAUGCACAUUUUUGUUCACUCGGGAUCCAGAGAAAGCAAACUCUCCGCUUGAGUGACAUUUCUGACACUGUCCAUUUGUUCGGUGAAUUUUGGUUCGCUACAUUACAAAGAGGAAAAAUUGGCUAUUUUCCUAAUGGAUUUCAGGGCCAAGAAGGACACUGUCAAAGGUGACUUUCACUCGUAGGCUUAUGAACCCCCAUCCUUACUGGACUUUUCAGUGGCAUCUUUCUCUGUACAUACGUGUAGAUAGUUGGAUUAAACUGUAUAUUCUGUUUAAAUAAAAUUAUUGACCCUUCAGACAAA